UUCUCUCGCAUUUGCUCUCCUUAUGUCUAUCAUUUCCCGACUCGCCUUCUCCCCGGUUCUUGCUACGGCCUGUCUUUGAAGCUUCAUUCCUCUCCACUCACCUCGAUUUCUCAUGCUCUGCAUCUUACCUCCCCGCCCCGCCUUCUCCGGUCCCUCGGACAUCUCUGCGUUGCUUGCACGCAUGGCACGGUUUUGGUCUAGCGAGGCGAAUAUUCGUAAACCUGGAUUGCGGCAACAAGGACCCUAAGAACCGCGAGUGGAAGUCGGCGAAUUGCCAGAUUAAGCGGCUGGGGAGCUCGACGUCCGAACGGUGCCAUAACGAUAGCGUCAGAGUAACGUCGGGGGAGAGUUAGCGAGUGAGUGCUUAGCACGGCAUCGGCCGGAGCAAUGGCGUGAAGACAAUAGUCCGACCUCGUGACGGUCAGGAAGCGACUCGUGAGAGAGUUUCGUGAAGUCAAUUACCCGGAAGUGUGUCGUCGCCAGAUUGAGGGUCAGAAAGCGCCUUGUGGCGACCCUCGUGAAGUCAAUUAUCCUGAAGUGUGUCUCCAGAUUGAGGGUCGGAAAGCGUUUCGUGGCGACCCUCGUGAAGUCGAUAAUCUGGUGAGGGCAAUAAUCUCGGAAUUGCGUCACCAGAUCGACGGUCAGAAAGCAUCGCGCGAGAAGUACUUCGCGCACAGCAUGUGGGGCAGAUCGGCUCCCAAACCCCCGUCACCGCACCCGUCGUCUGAUGCAGCUGCUGUCCCCCGCAGCAGCAGCGAUGCUGCUCGUCGCUCCCCGUCGCCUGCUGCUUACGGCGACACGUAUCCCGACGAGCAUGAUUCGUAUCCGUACGAGCAAGGUUCGUCGUACCCUUUUCAACGCGGAUCGCGGCGGCAACAGCAGCAGCAGCAGCAUCGCCGUCAGCAGCACUUGCAGCAGCAGCCGCAAUUUGAGGAACCUGCGUGGCUCUCCCGCCAAGUGAAAGCCUGCGCUCCCACCCCCAACGAGCUGUCGUUGGUCGGCCGGCCAUGCCUUAUCCACGAGGACGAUGACGUGGCAGCCGACGUGGCGGGCGGCGGCGGGCUCCUCCCCUGGAAAGGGGAAGAUUCUCUAAUGAUCGACCGCUUCGAUGUCAGACACCUAUUGGACGAUCUUAAAAAGAUCCGGAGGAAAAAGGGAGGACGAGGAGGGGGGAGAGGAGAGGGUGGGGAGGAGGAGGAGAUCGAGAAAGAGAGAUAUGUGGAGUUGGAUAUGGCGGAGAGGGAGGAGAGGCGGAAGGCAGCGGAGGCAGAGGCGCAGAGAAAAGCGGAAGCGGAAGCAGAGGCAGAGAGGCAAGGGGGUGCGAUGGGAGGCAGCGGUGGCGGUGGUGGUGGUGGUGGUGGUGGUUUUGGUGGUGGAGUGAUGGAGGGAUGGGGAGGGGGACGAGGGGAGCGAGGGGCUGGAGGGACGGAGGAUGUGUGGGAGAUGGCAGCACGCAGCAGAGGAGGAGGAUUAGCAGCGGCAGAGACUGCAUCAGGUCAGGGUACGAGACGUGGGUGCUUGGUUAUUUCAUUCGCAUACUCACUCUGGUUGACUUGCAUGUUCUUGUCGUGUCGGUACUUCCUUGUUGAAGAUUUUCCAGCAUUUUUUUUGCUUUUUUUCUCUGCUGUUAACGAUUUGGCAGCCUCACCCUCUCUUCUUGCUUGGUUUUAGUGUGAUAACCCCCCCUCAGCCUUGGCCUGGGGCCUCCCCCAACUCACCCUCAAUUAAGGCUCACAUUCACAGCCUCUCCCCUGCUUCAUUCAAUGCUUGAAUAACAUUCUUCUUUCUCCUGUCUUGACCCAAGCUGCAGGCUUCUCUCUCAGCAGUACCCUUCCGCCGUACUUGUGAGGAUUUAAUGUACAUGAAUCAGGACCAGGCUUUUGAUUCGUCAAUGAAGUGCAUGUUCUUUCCUUUCCGUGUUACGGUUUUUCUCCACUUGUAUUGUGCAAUUUCUCUUCAUGUCAUGGAUAGGGGGCAGGAAUUGUGCAAUUUCCGUCACCCAUCACUUGAUCCCUCACGCCUUGGUUCGUUCUACACCAUUCCAAUCCUUCCUUUUCUCUCUCCUCCAAUCCAUCGUUUUUCGUCGACCACUGUCACUCCCCAUCCAGCCCACCAGGCGUCCACUCGCCCCGCCUAUGCUGCGGUGGCCUUUAACUACUCCUCCUCUCAUCCACCCCUGGAGCAAGAAACCCAGCAGUCAUCUCCCCAUGCUGCUGCUGCUGCCGCUGCCGCUGGCGGUGUUGCUGCUGCCAGCGGCGCUUAUCUAAGCACCAGCAGUGCGGUGCAUGGUGGUGGUGGAGGAGAGGAAUCUGGUGCUGGACGAACAGCAGCACCACCUGAACCAACUGCAGCAGCGGCAGCAGCAGCAGCAGCAACUACGACAGCUGAACCAGCAGCAGCAGCAGAAGAAAUAGCUGUGCCAGCUGCAGGAGCAGACAAAACCGCUGCAUUCGUGCCGCCAUUUGCUGUGCCCCCAGAGCUACUCGAUUGCCUGCCCCCAACAGAGAAGAUAUACACCAUCAUGACCCGCACAGCAGCCUUUGUGGGAAAAGCAGGGCCCCAAGCCGAGAUCGUGCUCCGAGUGAAGCAGAAGGACAACCCCGCCUUCGCCUUCCUCUCCCCUGACCACCCCUUGCACCCCUUCUUCCGGUUCUUAGUGGCAAACUCGCAGGUUGUA